AUGGAGUUAUGGUUAGGACGUCAUAUUAGCUAUUAUACUAUUUGGAGAGCAAUACGUCGCCUUGGUUAUACCCAUAAACAGUUGUCUAAACCAGCAAUAGAACGUAAUGAAAAUGAUAGAUUAAAUUUUAUAGUUCAUAUGUCACAAUAUUCUUCAAUACAACUUGUAUUUCUGAUGAGUCUGCAAGGAGCGUUAUGUCUUAAUGGUCUUCUAGCAUAUGCAAUUCAAGAAGGUCCUAUGAAUAGUAAUGAUUAUUCUUAUUUCAUUAAACAUGUUUUGCUUUCUAAGAUAAAUACAUAUCCAGGUCCCUAUAGUGUUUUGAUAUUAGUUAAUGUUUCUAUACAUAAAGGACAGCAUUUACUUGAUAUUUGUAAUGCAAAAGGAGUUCAGAUUGAAUGUUUGCCACCAUAUUCACCAGAAUUAAAUCCG